CUGGGAAGCGUAGCCUGCUGAAAAUAUCUUGCCCCUGCCUCGCCACUCUGCCUUGCCCCCCCGCGACGCUGGGAUGCAGAACCCUAGCAGCAAUCACCCUGCCCCAGCCGCGGCCGCGGCCGCGGCGGGGAAAUCCAAGUCCUCGGCGCAGACCACGGCAGCAGCCUCGGGCCAGGGCCAUCAGCCGUCCCCGGCCACGCCUGCGGCUGCCAAGUCCAAGUCCUCGGCCGCGGCAGGGGCCUCGGGCCACGGUCAUCACUCCUCCCCGUCCACGCCGGCGGCCGGCAAGUCCAAGUCCUUGGCGCAUGCCGCGGCGCCGGGCCAGGCGUCCUCCUCCAACCAACCCCACGCCAUCGGCGGCGCUGACGCAGCCGGAUCGAGCCUUAAGCGCAAGCGCGGCGUCUUCCAGAAGGACCUGCAGCACAUGAUGUAUGGGUUUGGGGACGAUCCGAAUCCACUUCCAGAAACAGUUGCACUUGUGGAGGACAUUGUUGUAGAAUAUGUUACUGACCUCGUCCACAAGGCUCAGAAUGUGGCUUCAAAGAGGGGGAAGCUAUUGACAGAGGAUUUUCUUUACCUUAUCCGGAAGGAUAUGCGGAAAUUGCACCGUGCUACUGAGCUACUCUCCAUGAAUGAAGAACUCAAGCAAGCACGGAAAGCUUUUGAUGUGAACGAAGAAACACUUGUAGUAACCAAUGAGUGAUAUAUACCUCCUCGAGCAGCCGUAGAGACUACCAUAUUAUCUGCAAAAUUGCACUAACUGGUCAUACGAUGCAUAUUGCUCCAGUUGGAUCUCAGUGAGCAUUGAUUUGUAUAUGGAGUACUAUUAUGUUGCAGAAGAGUUUGUUUCCUGUCAA